AUGGACUCUGCACACCUCCUACCACGCCUGGACGUGAGUAUUGCACACUCACACACACAUACGUAAACACACACAUAUACAUGUAUGCCAAGCCAACUCUGCCUGGCCACGGGAACUUCACUACUCAAACCAUUAGCCACUCUAGGGAAAACAAACACAUGCUCGCAUACACGCAGAUGCUGGCAUAUUGUGUUGCUCUCAAUCAAACGCUUGUAAGCGAGGGUCCAAGAAUAAUGUGACUAUUGUGUUUUCAGAAGACACAAUGUAACUUACUUCUCUGUAGGAGUGUAAAGGCUUGAACUAUUCCUCAGUGUUAAUGGUAAACAUAGCUUUAAUGUGAACCAUUGCUGUUUUUGUCUUUUCCACCUCAGUCUGUGUCGACAGGACGUGUGAAGUAUUUGAUGUGUCUGAUGUCACGUGUCGUGCAUGUCACUGUUUCCACCAAUGCUUCUGCAAUGUUCUGCCUCCGCAAGCCUCCUGUUAACCAAAACACAGCCUCCUGGUGUCUGUCGCUUAACUCCCUGACUCUCAAAUCAUCUGAACAGCUCUGAGUGAAAUGUAUGGAUUACAGCGAGAAACGGCGUGAACACUGAGGCAUACAGUUGUGAAUGUCCUAGUUGAAAUAGAUGAAGAUAUACAAGGGCUGAAAAGCUUCCAGUGACUUACAGUCCUGGUUGAAAUAGAUGGAGUUAAAGGUGACCUGUUGAUGUCCUGCACUGUAUGUGCUAGUUAGACUCUUUUGAGAAUGUACCUGGGAAUGAACGUCCUGGCAGUGGUUACUACUGUACUGUACAUUGUGUGUCUGGCUAAUGUCUUUCCAAGGGUACAGGUAGCUAAUGUUCUAAAUAAAUCAAAUGUAAUUUGUCAUAUGCUUCGUAAACAACAGGUGUAGACUAAAAGUGAAAUGCUUACUUACGGGUCCUUUUUGAACAAUGCAGAGUUAAAGAUAAAUAUAUUUUAUAGAAAUAGUGACAGGAGGAAAAAAAUAACAGUGAAUAACGAAUAACAAUAACGAGUCAAAAUAACAUGCUAUAUACAGAGAGUACCAGUACUGAGUUGAUGUGUAGGGGUAUGAGGUAAUUGAGGUAGAUAUGUACAUAUUGGUAGGGUUAAAGUGACUAGGCAACAGAAUAGAUAAUAGACAGUAGUAGUAGCGCAUGUGGUGAGUGUGAAAGUGUGUGUGUGUAUGUGCGUGUGUGUGUGGUGUCAGUAUACAAGUGUGCCCGUCUUAUAUGUGUGUGGGCAUAUGUAGCGUGUAUGUAUGUGUUGGGGUGUGAACAUAGUCAGUGCACGAGAGUUAGUGCGAAAAAGGGGCAAUGCAGGUUGUCCGGGUAGCCAUUUGAUUAGCUAUUUAGCAGUCUUCUUUAGCGAUCUUAUGGCUUGGGGGUAGAAGUUGUUCAGGGUCCUGUUGGUUCCAGACUGGCACUGCUUGCCGUGUGGUAGCAGAGAGAACAGUCUGUGGCUUGGGUGGCUGGAGUCUUUGACACAUUUUUGGGCCUUCCUCUGACACUGCCUGGUAUAGAGGUGCUGGAUGGCAGGGAGCUCGGCCCCAGUGAUGUACUGGACCAUACUCACCACCCUCUGUAGAGCCUAGAAGUUGCAGUUUCUGGCGAUGUUGUGAGAGUGUUGGUUGGUUCCCCAGUAGCUGGAAAGUGUCUGGUCUACUCCAAUUCACCUUAGGGAGCCUGAUCGUCUGCUGUCAUCUCAACCCUGGCAGCAGACACUGCAUUCUCUUCCUCCUCUGUGUGUGUGUGUGUGUUUGUGUGUGUGUGUGUGUGUCCAAGAAUAUGACAUUUUUUGAGAUUGUACGUGUGUUUGUGUGUGUGUGUGUGUGUGUGUGUGUGUGUGUGUGUGUGUGUGUGUGUGUGUGUGUGUGUGUGUGUGUAUGAUGCAUGUGCAGAGCUAUGCAUGAAAACAUUCUAAUCGAUUGGCUUUUGUCCAUCAAAUGCAUUCACAUAUACACAAAACACACAUAUCUGGUCCUCUUGGCUUGCAUUUCCAUGUACGUGUUUGCACUCUGCCUGCGUGGUGCAUACGUGUGGAGCUGUGCAUUGUGGGCAGUAAUUACCAUAAAGGUUUGUUGAGGAAGGUGAGCGGCGGGCUGAAGUCUGGGCUGCCCGUGUCAUUAGCCUCUUAAUCGCCCCCAGCUGGGAUAAAUUAUAAUACACUCUAAUAAAACCACACUGCAGGCUACCAGGAAUAUUAUUCUAAUGAUUUCAACUGUCAUGCUUAGGAAAAUGUCGCUACAUACAUUUUUCACUCUUACAUCCUAUCUUCAGCCUCAUACAUUAAAUCAUAAAGCAGUGAAUGCAGUAGUCGUUAGAAAACUCUGUCGUGUGUUAGCGGUGUAUAGAGAGGUGUGAGGAACAUUCCAGAUGCAUUAGGUGUAGGUGUGUAGGUUUCAGAUGAUUAUGAGAAUGUUCCACAGAGAUGCGGGUUGAGCAAGUUAUAAAAAACAACGUUCUUGGAAUGUGUGUUUGUGAGCUUGUAUAAAAGCUGAAGAACAGAGGCACAACCAGGUACUUUCCGCAGGUGCUGGAGUUGUAGGCAAACCCAUGGAAAACAGAAAGGAAAACGCCACACACUGCUGCUCAUACUCCCAGGUGAUUUUAUUUAUAACAACGUUUCCACCCUUAGGUCUUCAUCAAGCAUCCAUAUCCCAGGUGGGGGUGGAAGGUCCUAUAUACAGUGCAUUUGGAAAGUAUUCAGAGCCCUUGACUUUUUCUAAAUGUUGUUACGUUACAGUCUUAUUCUAAAAUGUAUUACAUUAUUUUUUUCCCUCAUCAAUCUACACACAAUACCCCAUAAUGACAAAGCGAAAACAGGUUGGUACACAUUUUUGCAAAUGUAUUAAAAAAACAAAAACAGAUACCUUAUUUACAUAAGUAUUCAGACCCUUUGCUAUGAAACACGAAAUUGAGUGUCCACCUGUGGUAAAUUCAAUUGAUUGGACAUGAGGUCCCACAGUUGACAGUGCAUGUCAGAGCAAAAACUAAGCCAUGAGGUCGAAGGAAUUGUCCAUAGAGCUCCGAGACAGGAUCGUGUCGAGGCACAGAUCUGAGGAAAGGUACCAAAAAAUGUAUCCAAAAACACAGUGGCCUCCAUAAUUCUUAAAUGGAAGAAGUUUGGAACCACCAAGACACUUCCUAGAGCUGUCCGCCCGGCCAAACUGAGAAAUCGGGGGGAAAGGGCCUUGGUCAGGGAGGUGACCAAGAACCUCAUGGUCACUCUGUCAGAGCGCUAAAGUCCCUUUGUGGAGAUUUUUAUUUUUUUUAUUUUUCUAUUUCACCUUUAUUUAACCAGGUAAGCCAGUUGAGAACAAGUUCUCAUUUACAACUGCGACAUGGCCAUGAUAAAGCAAAGCAGUGCGAUAAAAACAACAACACAGAGUUACAUAUGGGGUAAACAAAACAUAAAGUCAAAAAUACAACAGAAAAUAUAUAUACAAUGUGUGCGAAUGUAGUAAGUUAUGGAGGUAAGGCAAUAAAUAGGCCAUAGUGCAAAAUAGUUACAAUAUCGUAUUAACACUGGAAUGAUAGAUGUGCAAAAGAUGAUGUGCAAAUAGAGAUACUGGGGUGCAAAUUAGCUAAAUAAAUAACAAUAUGGGGAUGAGGUAGUUGGGUGGGCUGACGCUUAAAGUUAGUGAGGGAGAUAAGAGUCUCCACCUUCAGAGAUUUUUGCAGUUCGUUCCAGUCAUUGGCAGCAGAGAACUGGAAGGAAUGGCGGCCAAAGGAGGUGUUGGCUUUGGGGAUGACCAGUGAGAUAUACCUGCUGGAGCGCAGACUACGGGUGGGUGUUGCUAUGGUGACCAGUGAGCUAACAUAAGACGGGGAUUUGCCUAACAGUGAUUUAUAGAUUACCUGGAGCCAGUGGGUUUGGUGACGAAUAUGUAGUGAGGGCCAGCCAACAAGAGCGUACAGGUCACAAUGGUGGGUAGUAUAUGGGGCUUUGGUGACAAAAUGGAUGGCACUGUGAUAGACUACAUUGAAUUUGCUGAGUAGAGUGUUGGAGGCUAUUUUGUAAAUGACAUCGCCGAAGUCAAGGAUCGGUAGGAUAGUCAGUUUUACGAGGGCAUGUUUGGCAGCAUGAGUGAAGGAGGCUUUGUUGCGAAAUAAGAAGCCAAUUCUAGAUCUAACUUUUGAUUGGGAUGCUUAAUGUGAGUCUGGAAGGAGAGUUUACAGUCUAACCAGACACCUAGGUAUUUGUAGUUGUCCACAUACUCUAGGUCAGACCCGCCAAGAGUAGUGAUUCUAGUCGGGUGGGCGGGUGCAAGCAGCGUUCGGUUGAAGAGCAUGCAUUUAGUUUUACUAGUGUUUAAGAGCAGUUGGAGGCUACGGAAGGAGUGUUGUAUGGCGUUGAAGCUCGUUUGGAGGUUUGUUAACACAGUGUCCAAUGAAGGGCCAGAUGUAUACAAAAUGGUGUCGUCCGCAUAGAGGUGGAUCCGAGCGUCACCAGCAGCAAGAGCGACAUCAUUGAUAUACACAGAGAAUAGAGUCAGCCCGAGAAUUGAACCCUGUGGCACCCACAUAGAGACGGCCAGAGGUCCAGACAACAGGUCCUCCGAUUUGACACAUUGAACUCUAUCUGAGAAGUAGUUGGUGAACCAGGCGAGGCAGUCAUUAGAGAAACCAAGGCUAUUUAGUCUGCCAAUAAGAAUGCAGUGGUUGACAGAGUCGAAAGCCUUGGCCAGGUCGAUGUAGACGGCUGUGCAGUACUGUCUUUUAUCGAUCGCGGUUAUAAUAUCGUUUAGGACCUUGAGCGUGGCUGAGGUGCACCCAUGACCAGCUCGGAAACCGGAUUGCAUAGCGGAGAAGGCACGGUGGGAUUCGAAAUGGUCGGUGAUCUGUUUGUUAACUUGGCUUUCAAAUACUUUUGAAAGGCAGGGCAAAAUGGAUAUAGGUCUGUAACAGUUUGGAUCUAGAGUGUCACCCCCUUUGAAGAGGGGGAUGACCGCAGCAGCUUUCCAAUCUCUGGGGAUCUCAGACGUUACGAACGAGAGGUUGAACAGGCUAGUAAUAGGGGUUGCGAUAAUUUUGGCAGCUAAUUUUAGAAAGAAAGGUUCCAGAUUGUCUAGCCCAGCUGAUUUGUAGGGGUCCAGAUUUUUCAGCUCUUUCAGAACAUCAACUGUCUGAAUUUGUGUGAAGGAGAAGCGGGGGGGGGGGGGGGGGGGGGGGGUCAUGGGCAAGUUGCAGCGGAGGGUGCAGAGCUGGUGGCCGGGGUAGUGGUAGCCAGGUGGAAAGCAUGGCCAGCCGUAGCAAAAUGCUUGUUGAAAUUCUUGAUUAUUGUAGAUUUAUUGGUGGUGACAGUGUUUCCUAGCCUCAGUGCAGUGGGCAGUUGGGAGGAGGUGCUCUUAUUUUCCAUGGACUUUACAGUGUCCCAAAACUUUUUGGAGUUAGUGCUACAGGAUGCAUAUUUCUGUUUGAAAAGCUAGCCUUUGCUUUCCUAACUGAUUGUGUAUAUUGGUUCCUGACUUCCCUGAAAAGUUGCAUAUCGCCGGGGCUGUUCGAUGCUAAUGCAGUAUGCCACAGGAUGUUUUUGUGCUGGUCAAGGGCAGUCAAGUCUGAGGAGAACCAGGGGCUAUAUCUGUUCUUAGUUCUGAAUUUUUUGAAUGGGGCAUCCUUAUUUAAGAUUGAGAGGAAAGCACUUUUAUAGAACAACCAGGCAUCCUCUACUGACGGAAUGAGGUCAAUAUCCAUCCAGGAUACCCGGGCCAGGUCAAUUAGAAAGGCCUGCUCACUAAAGUGUUUUAGGGAGCGUUUGACAGUGAUGAGGGGUGGUCAUUUGACCGCGGACCCAUUACGGACGCAGGCAAUAAGGCAGUGAUCGCUGAGAUCCUGGUUGAAGACAGCGGAGGUGUAUUUAGAGGGUAAAUUUGUCAGGAUGAUAUCUAUGAGGGUGCCCAUGUUUACAGAUUUAGGGUUGUACCUGGUAGGUUCGUUGAUAAUAUGUGUGAGAUUGAGGGCAAUCUAGUUUAGAGUGUAGGUUGACGGGGUGUUAAACAUAUCCCAGUUUAGGUCACCAAGCAGUAUGAUCUCUGAGGAUAGAUGGGGGGCAAUCAGUUCACAUAUGGUGUCCAGGGCACAGCUCGGGGCUGAGGGGGGUCUGUAGCAAGUGGCAACAGUGAGAGACUUAUUUCUGGAAAGGUGGAUUUUUAGAAGUAGAAGCUCAAACAGUUUGGGCACAGACCUGGAUAGUACGAUAGAGCUCUGCAGGCUAUCUCUACAGUAGAUUGUAACCCCACCCCCUUUGGCAGUUCUAUCGAGACGGAAAAUGUUGUAGUUGGGGAUGGAAAGUUCUGCAUUUUUGGUGAUCUUCCUAAGCCAGGAUUCAGACACUGCUAGAACAUCAGGGUUGGCGGAGUGUGCUAACACAGUGAAUAACUCAAACUUAGGGAGGAGGCUUCGGAUGUUAACGUGCAAGAAACCAAGGCUUUUACGGUUACAGAAGUCAACAAAUGAUAACGCCUGGGGAGUAGGAGUGAUACUGGGGGCUACAGGUCCUGGGUUAAUCUCUACAUCACCAGAGGAACAGAGGAGGAGUAGAAUAAGGAUACGGCUAAAGGCUUUAAGUACUGGUCUUUUAGUGCGUUGGGUACAGAGAAAAAAAGGGGCAGAUUUCCGGGCAUUGUAGAAUAGAUUCAGGGCAUUAUGUACAGACAAGGAUAUGGAAGGAUAUGAGUACAGUGGAGGUAAACCUAAGCGUUGGGUUACGAUGAAAGAGAUAGCAUCACUGGAGGCACCGAUUGAGUCGGUCUCUGCGUGUAUGGGGGGUGGGACAAAGGCGCUAUUUAAGGCAGGUUGAGCUGGGCUGGGGGAUCUACAGUGAAAUAGUACAAUAAGAAAUAACCGAAACAGCAAUAAGCAAGGCAUAUUGACAUGGGAGAGAGGCAUAAAGCAAUCACAGGUGUUAUUCGAGAGAGCUAAAACAACAGCUGGUAAUGGCGACAAAGUUUGGGCUGAGGCUAAACAUAAACAGGAUGCGGUACCGUAUGUCGUAGAAAUAUUUGACUCAAAAGUAGUCAACUCAAAAAUAUCUCUCAAGAGACUGAAGCUUUUGAAUCCAAAAAUUUGACUUUAUUAUUUGCGUAACGGCUGUCUCUCUUUGGCUCAGAGAUCUCUUUUAUACACACACAAAUGCACAGUCAUGUAUACAUAGCUUAUACAGCUACUCCCCUUAAGAUAACUGAUUAACAUCUUUAACUGCCACGCCACUAUUAUUUUUAAAAGUCCAAUAACACAUGUUGUUUACUCCAAAAGGCCAUGGGUGCUUUUGCCUCUUUCCCUUAUCUCAUUAUAUUGGUGACGUGGCUCAGACACUAUAUUUUACCUUUGACAUUUCCCAACAUUUUCCUUAAUGAUACAUAAAAUAUUACCAUACGUAUAAAGGAACAGUCCAGCAGGCAUCAGCUGUAUAGUUGAGUUAUCAUAAGGUCCGGUGAACAGCAAUAGGAGAGUUUGGAGGUAGUUCGGGGGCUGCUACAGCACUGACGAGCAAGAGGCCACGGCUUGCGUGUGCUAGCGGGCCGGGUCUAGCAGAUGGAUCUUCGUGGUCGACGUCGUAACAGGAAGCCUGUUGAAACCACUCCAGACGAUUUCGUCGGCAGACCAGUUGUGCUGGAUCGGCGGGGCUCCGUGUCAACACUAGGAGGUCCCGUCCGGUUGACAGAGAGGUAGAUAGCCGGGAGAUGGGCUCGAGGCUAGCUCAAGGCUGAUUAGCCAACAACAACAUCCAUUUGGUUGCAGCUAGCUAGUUGCGAUGAUCCGGUGUUAAAGGUCCAGUGAUUCAGUGAUUCUGGCAGAAAAACCGAUAUGUUCUGGGUCGAUAACGCGCUGUGCAGACAGUGCAGACUGGCCGAUAAUAGUCCAGGCUAGAGCUGGCUGGUAGGUAGUGCAGGCCACGGACAAUGGUGAAAAACCGCUAACGGUGGCUAAUAGCAAGUAGCUAGUUAGCUUGCUACUCCCGUCCGGUAGACAGAGAGUUAGAUAGCCGGGAUAUGGGCCUGGCUCGAGGCUAGCUCAAGGCUAACUGGUUCUUGCUUCGGGGGCAGUGGUGAUUAGCCAACAGCAACAUCCAUUCAGUUGCGGCUAGCUAGUUGCGAUCCGGUGUUAAUGUCCAGUGAUUCAGUUAUUCCGGCAGAAAAUGUGAUGUUCUGGGUGAAAACCGCUAACGGUGGCUAAUAGAAAGUAGCUAGUUAGCUGGCUAGCUAGUUUCAACUGGAGAUUCUAGAUUAAAGGUGAGUCAAUAAUAGAAUCUGUUCCACAUUGAGUGAGGCGGGUUGCAGGAAAGUAUAUUUUGUAGAAGGAUGAAAAGUGUGAUAGGGAAAUAUGUACGAAAAAUACAAAAAAAUAUACAAAAAACAGGCUAUUUACACGGACACACAACAAAGAACACGACCGCACUGCUACGCCAUCUUGGAUCAGGACAACCAUCUCUGCAGCACUCCACCAAUAGGGCCUUUAUGGUAGAGUGGCCAGACGGAAGCCACUCCUCGGUAAAAGGCACAUGACAUCCCGCUUGGAGUUUGCCAAAAGGCACCUAAAGACUUUCAGACCAUGAGAAACAAGAUUCUCUGGUCUGAUGAAACCAAGAUUGAACUCUUUGGCCUGAAUGCCAAGGGUCACGUCUGGAGGAAACCUGGCACCAUCCCUAUGGUGAAGCAUGGUAGUGGCAGCAUAAUGCUGUGGGGAUGUUUUUCAGCUUCAGGGACUGGGAGACUAGUCAGGAUCGAGGGAAAGAUGAACGGAGCAAAGUACAGAGAGAUCCUUGAUGAAAACCUGAUCCAGAGAGCUCAGGACCUCAGACUGGGGCGAAGGUUCACCUUCCAACAGGACAACGACACUAAGUACACAGCCAAGACAACGCAGGAGUGGCUUCGGGACAAGUCUCUGAAUGUCCUUGAGUUGCCCAGCCAGAGCUCAGACUUGAACCCGAUCUAACAUCUCUGGAGAGACUUGAAAAUAGCUGUGCAGCGACGCUCCCCAUCCAACCUGACAGAGAUUGAGAGGAUCUGCACUGAAGAAUGGGAGAAACUCCCCAAAUACAGGUGUGCCAAGAUUGUAGCGUCAUACCCAAGAAGACUUGAGGCUGUAAUAGCUGCCAAAAUUGCCGAAGUACUGAGUAAAGGGUCUGAAUACUUAUGUAAAUAGAAUAUAUUUCAGUUUUUUAUUUAGCAAACAUUUUUAAAAACCUGUUUUUGCUUUGUCAUUAUGGGGUAUUGUGUGUAGAGUGAUGAGGGGGGAAAAAACAAUUUAAUCAAUUUUAGAAUAAGGCUGUAACCUAACAAAAUGUGGAAAAAGUCAAGGGUCUGAAUACUUUCCGAAGGCACUCAGUGACAUCACGUCAAUAUUCAAUUAGCAUAAAAAACACAAUAAUUUGGAUAUUUUGAAACUAUAAAAAUGGUUUCAAGUCGAACUCCUGGUUAAGUCCAAGAGGAGACCAAGUGUGUUGAGCCUGUGGAUCCAGGCAAUGAGCAGCAGUGUGCAGCGUUUUCCUUUCUGUUUGUGAGCUUGCACAUGUUUGUGUGUGUGUAGUAUGACAUGGGCAGAGAGCAUGUGUGUAUGUGUGUGUUAGAGAGCAAGAGAGAGGGAGGGAGGGAGAGGGAGAGAAGGAAUCUUGGAAAAGAAACACGGGAAGAACAACAGGAAGGGAAAGUGCGUAACACGAAGACAGCGGCCACGGAUAAAUCAGCCGGCUGCGGUGACACUGGGCCCUCUCGCCCAGCAUCACUCGGCAGCACUCUUCCGCAAAAACACCAUUCAUUUAGAGGGCUUAGGAAAAAGACCAACACAAGGGGGAGAGAAAUAAAGAGAAAAAUAAAAAUAGAGAUUGGGAAAGAGAGAGACAUGCAGAUAAAGAAGAAUGGAGAGACAGGGAACACAUAGGGGGGGGGGGGGGGGGGGGUCAGAGGAAAGAGAUAUGGAAAAGGACAAGUGGUGAUAGAGAGACAGCUUCAAAAAGAGAGAAGGGGAAUAGAUAUCUGUAUAUCUUCCCUUCUCUCUCUUUCACUCUGUAUAUCUUCUUCCCUUCAUUCUCUAUAAUGCUCUCUCUAUCACACCUUGUCCUUUUCCAUCUGUCUUUCCUCUGCCCCCCAAAGAAGCUAUACAGAGACAGGAAAGAAAUGGAGAGGGAGUAAGAGAGAAUGAGGGGGACAGAUAAACAGAAAGUGAGGGAUUGAUGCAGAGACAAAUUAAGGAGAUAAAGAGGGACUAAGAAAAGGAGAGAAUAAAAGAGAGCGCGGGAAAGAGACAGAGAGAGAGGGAAAGAGAUACACUUAUGUUGGUCUGUUUUCAUCUGUGAGUUCAGAGGGCCAGCGAGCAGACCGCCCUGCCUGAUUACCGCCCAUCUCUCGUCUGCGUGCGCCUGGGGUCACGCUACCGUCUCCUCUGGGUCAGACACCAUCUAAUAUGUCUGAGAGCACCCCCUCUCCCCCUACCCUCUCUCUCCACCUCAUCUCUCACCUCCCCCGGAAGACUUGAUUAGUCCAGUUUCAGCGGAGGGAGAGAGGGGGAUGGCGAGAAAGCGGGUCGACGGAGAGGGGGGCGGGUCGACGGAGAGGGGGGCGGGUCGACGGAGAGGGGGGCGGGUCGACGGAGAGGGGGACGGGUCGACGGAGAGGGGGGCGGGUCGACGGAGAGGUGGGCGGGUCGACGCAGAUAAUGAGGCCAAAUGAAGUUUAGGAGCUUUUCUCCCAGUUUAGAUUAGCUGGAGAAACACGGGGAGAUGGGUGGAUGUGCUCUCGAUGGAUGUACGGCAGGGUGUCCUCUGACUCCCCCCCAACCACCACCUUCACCCUCCUCCCACUUCUGCAACUAACCUUUGAACCUUCAUUAAGAGGUGGGGGGGUCCUUAAUCUAGUUUACGAGCUAUAGGACGCCAUGGGAAUGGCUGUACAGUUGUGGCUCUCUAAUCUCUAAUCGUCCUCUAAUUCUCCUGUAGCGUUGCCUCAGGUGGAGAAGCAUGGGGUGGAGAGACAUUACUUGGGGUGGGGCUGCCUAAGUUAAUGGAUAGUGAACAGAGUCCCACGCUCACAGCUUAUUUUCCCAGGGUAUUACUGUGUCUGUUCUCUCACACACACACACACACACACACACAAACACACACGCAAACAAACACACACACACAAACACACACACAAACACACACCCUGUGACCUCCUUGUAAACCCUACUCUGACACUAUGGCAUGAUUAGCUGUCAUUAUGGCAUCGUUAUGUGUUCGUUGUGCCCUAAAUGCCUCAGUUAUCUUGCUAUGUCGGACUUAAUCGAUUUUCAGCUCAGUACAGAUAUGAGCUAGGGAUAGGCAGGGAGAGAUAAGAUAAGAAGAAGAGACUGCUUCUCUCUAGUCUGUAGCGAAAAAUAGGAUGUUGAGAUCUAUUUUGUUUACAUUCAUUGAGAUGUAUCUUUUCUUCUUAGAAUAAUGAUGACAUCUAUCAUUUCUUUAGUUGUAGGAAGUAGGAUGAUGGUAAAGUAGACAGGUUGAGAGAAGAAAAGUCAUGGCCCAGCCCAGGUCUGUCUCUACAUGAGCCUCCUAGCUUUGAAUGCUUUGAACCAAAUCUAGGGUCCGCUUACCCUCCCCCAAUCUUAACGGCAAACUGACCUUCUAGUUAAGUGUCCAGGGCCAAUUUCAUCCUACUUUGAACAAUAGACAGGUCAGACACCCCUACCCUGACCCUUGACCUCCUGACUCCAGAGGGCACAAGGUCAUUAAGGCCUGUAGGUUAUAAUUAGUCGCUCAAUCAUUAACACCUGUACUACAGAGACAUGGGGUGGUAACCCGGCUGGCUGGGGUGUUGAUGCUAUGACCUCCAGCACUGGGCCUUUUCCCGCGCAGCAGACAGGCUAGUUAGCAACUAUGGUCUCAAGUAUUUGGUUGAAGCUACUGUAUAGGUCCAUUCAGCAACUAAGCUCUGGAAAGUAAAUCAGAGCAAUAGAGAUAUAAAGUACAGUAGCUUCACUAGAUAUUAUUCUCCAUUAAAGUCAACUAACUUUAGUUAAUUUAUGGUUUUAGCAGUACUACUAUUUUAGUUAUCCUAAAUCACACACACACACACACACACACACACACACACACACACACACACCACACACACACACACACACUGAAUAUAGUCUCUGCUUAAUCACUCGUAUCCCCCUGUGCUUGAGUUUCCUAGGAGAUGGGGCUUUGGCAACACAUAGCAAUAAAUUAACAAUACGGAAAACAAAGUGGUGCUGUUUUUACAGCCAUGUGUAUCCAGCAAACAACUCCAGCAGUACAUUUCUUGAUAUCGCACCUGCAUUACUGAAUAAUAGCCUGACGAGCAGUGUGUGAAUUACAGGGGGGGGGGGGGGGGGGGGGGGGGGGGGGGGUUCUUUGGGGGGUUUCUAAUUUAACCAUUCUCCUAUUUGUUUAAAAUGCAAGUUUGUACUGCUACAGUGGUAAAUAAGCUUAUUCCAAAUUCAUCUAACACCCCCACCUCUCUGUCAUGGUUUAAGGCCAGUGACAGUUGAUUCAGGUUAUUUUAAUCACAUUCAUCUCUCUACUCAGCCUGUCUGCCUCUCUCUCUGUCUCUGUCUUUGUCUCUCUGCCUCAAUCUCUGUCUUGAGCUUUCACUAGCAAACUUGCAACAUUGUAUCGACUGGGUCCAGCCCACUAGCAAACUUGCAGCAUUAUUAACUGGGUCCAGCCCGCUAGCGAACUUACAUAAUUGUUUCAACUGGGCCCUCACAGUUACCCGCUUUGAACAAACAUAGCUUUAUUUGCGUCCCGUAUUUCAGCCCCUUUUCAGAUGUCCCAACUUUUCUUUUGACAAAAAAGGUACAUUUGUCAGCAAGACGCAUCAAUUAAUUCAGGCUACAAGAGUUUAGUACUAAUGACAAUUGCCGAAUGUCAUAAAACGUUUUGAUGUUUUGUAAAAGAUGUCUCUUUCCAUUAAUCAAAUGGCAGAGCACUGUCUGGAUGCUGGAAUUAUUUUGGAGUGGACGAACAUGCGCAGGUAGCCUACUUUUUAAAGGGAUUUGUUUGACAAUCAGAUGAAAACAUAAUGACUGGUUGUGUUCAAGCCACAUUAAAAGGUAAUACAUGUUUACUGUUAAAAUACAUGUCUUUACUAUUAGGCCCAUAACAUUUUUAGGAGGUAGGAAGUCCUCUGAAUGUCACGGUAUGAUUCACACUUUGCUGAUGAGGAAUUAGUAUGGUGGGGACUGGGAGAGGAGAAAACAAGCUGAUGAUAUAUUGGUAGUAGUUUCUCUCAUAGGAUUUAAGUUGUGAGUAGUGGUAUUUCAAUCCCCCACUCCAAUUUACUGAAAAAUACAUUAAACAUAUGGUAUAAGAAUCUCAAUGAACACUUGUGACUUUAAAGAGCACCACUGGAAGCGUCAAAAAGUGACAGACUUAAGCGUUCCGUUACGUUUCCUCUCCUCCCUGAAAUAAACCCUAACUUCACUCCUCUCCUCACCCUCUCCUCCCCCACUCCUCCCCCUCUCCCUCAUGUAGAUUCACCAUGUUCCCUGCUAACCUCUUGGUCCUGAUGGUCCUGCUGCUACCUCAAGCCUCGUCUGGUCGCCAGGGCGGAGCCACCGAGCCCGAUGGCAGUGUGCCAUUGUUGUCAUCACCACCAUCCCCCCUAGAGCCCAGCCUGGCCCAGACCAUCCAGAACCUGCUGCUGAGCCGCCUGGGCCUGCAGUCCCACCCCAACCCCCGGCCAGGUGCGCCCAUCCCCCAGUACAUACUGGACCUCUAUCGCUUCCACUCCCAGCAGUACCACCUAGUCCAGGAUCCACACUUCAGCUACCCCAGCCAGCAUGUCCAGGAGGCCAACACCGUACGCAGCUUCCACCACACAGGUAACAUUACACAUGGGCCCAUAUCCCUAAAGCAUCUCCGAGUAGGAGUGCUGAUCUAGGAUUAGUUUAGCCUUUUAGAUGAUAAUGAAUAAGAUCAUAUGGACAGAUCCUAGAUCAGCACUCCUAAUCUGAGCCGCUUUGUGGAUAGUUUGCAACUGUUUGGUAUCAGUUCCACAAUAUGUUUUUAAUGGACACUGUUCUACACAUUCCAUUUCUAGUUUCAGUCAGGGUUAGAUGGCAUUGAUGACGACAGGGCUGUGAUACCCAGUCUCUUUCUGUUAUGACUCCGCCUUAGCAGUUAGUAGGCUCCAAAUUCAGACCAUCUAUUUUCCAUUUGAUAACAUGGAUGUUUCCAUAACACCCACAAGCUAACCAGCAACAAGUGGAGGUCCUAUUCUGAUGCUAGUGUGUACAAAGAAAAGCUUAUCUAUGUUCAUGGCACGGAAUGUGUCUGACAUUUAAAGUCAAGGGUUGACAGGUCAAUUUACCUUGUAUUUGACAUUGUGAGAUUACAAUGUUUGAUUUACAAAAUCCUAUAAGAGAGACCUACUGCGGAGGACAUCAAUUUUGUUUUACAAAUUGAACCUUCUUCUUUGAACUAUCUUAACCUCUCUCUCUCUCCCUCCCUCUCUCCUCUAUCUCAGAUUCUACCAGUUCCCUCACUCCCCCUUGAAAAGAGGCAGACCACUACGAGCAACAACAGGGUGCCCAUCUCCUUCAAUGUGUCCUCCAUCUCCCAGGAUGAGCGUGUGGUGUCUGCAGAGCUGCGUUUCUUCCGGGGUGGUGGGGCCAGCCUAGGCCCCGGGGCCCACAGGGUCAGCCUGUUCCUCUAUGGAGGCACUGGGGACUCUGAGUCUGAGCCCACUCUGCUGGAGUCACGGCUCCUCACAGGGGCCCCCAGCACCAAGCCAGCUGGCUCCUGGGAGGCCUUCAGCCUCAGCACCAAACUAUUUCUGGGGGCCCACGCUCGGACUGGCAGCCUGGCCUUCCUCCUGGAGGUGACCCCUCUGGGUAACACCACCCUCCUCACCCCCCCUGACCAUGACGCUCUACCACUCUCCACUGGGGAGGAAGGACGCAGAGAGGGACACCUGAGGGUGCGCAGGUCUCUGGGACAGGAUGAGCACAGCUGGGCACGAGAGAGACCCCUGCUGGUUACUUACAGCCAUGACGGGCGCGGGGAGCCACUAGCCGCCCAUGGCCGGAGAACCUCCGGCACUGCCCAGAGGAUGAGGGGGAGGAAGGGGGCCAGAGAAAGGGGCAGGAGCAACAGCAAGGACCGGGAAAGGGACAGGGACAGAGACAAGGACAGGGAAAGGAACAGGGACAGGGACAGGGACAGGGACAGGGACAGGGACAGGGACAGGGACAGGGACAGGGACAGGGACAGGGACAGGGACAGGGACAGGGACAGGGACAGGGACCGGAGCGCCAGCCCUGGCUGGGGCGGUAGCUGGAACGAGGGUGGAAGGGUGAAGCGUAAUGGCGGCCGCGCAGCGAAACUGAAGCGUCUGUCCCACGCCCGCUGCCACCGCCACCCGCUCUACGUGGACUUCAAAGACGUGGGCUGGAACAAGUGGAUUGUGGCGCCUAGCGGCUACGACGCCUUCUUCUGCCUGGGGGAGUGCCGCUUCCCGCUGGCCGACCACAUGAACUCAUCCAGCCACGCCAUGGUGCAGACUCUGGUGAACUCGGUGAACGGAGCUGUGCCGCGGGCCUGCUGCGUGCCCACCGCCCUCAGCCCCAUCGCCAUGCUCUACCUGGACCCACAGGACCGCGUGGUGCUCAAAAACUACCAGGACAUGGUGGUGGAGGGCUGUGGAUGCCGGUAG